AUGUCCAAACUGUUGCUCCUUUCGUGCAUCGUCAUCCUGAUCGAACACGUUCGAUCGGACGUUUAUGUCGACGAAAUACGAGACAAAUGUUACAAGUCGAAGCUUCUGAUCUAUUGCGGACAGUACAAGCUUCUCAAGUACUUUCUGCAGUUCUACGUCGACGGUGAAGCUUUGAAGCCGAGUAGUUUCAAUAGUAGUGGAGACGUGAUGAUAGUGAAGCUUCAAAGGGACGAGAUUGAUUUCAGUGCUUAUCCGAAUACUAGGCAAUUGCAGCAGGAGAAUGAGGUGAUGAAGCUGAUGAAGUUUUUGACGAGGAGGACUAUGACUUAUUUGAAUGAGAAUGGGUUGUUAAUUCAUUUGCCUGAGGAAAGCGAUGUUGUUGAUGUUCAUGAUGGUAUUGUUGAUGUGGAUGAAGGAAGGCAAAAAGGCGAUAAAGGAAAAGAUAAAAAGAAAAUGCUUAUUAUUCCGAUUCUUUUGCUGUUUAAGAUGUUCAAGGUGAAAGUUUUACUAGGUUUUGUGCUCGCAGGAGUAGUUUUUAUCAAUAAAGUGCUAUUGGGAGUUGCACUAUUCCUUCCUGCAAUGUUUUCGUCUUUGAAAAGUCAUUGUCGAGGGGACGAACAAAAAGUACAUUACUAUCAUGCUGACGACAGAUAUUACUAUAGUGAUCCAGAGCAACGCGGCUCGUUUAACACAUGGUCAAGCGAUGAUCCGUUUAAUUUUGAUUAUCACAUGGAUCAUUCAUCCCCUUAAAUGUGA